GCCCCGCCCCCUUGCGCGCCCGGCCCCGCCCCGCCAGUCCCCGGGGCCUGCGGCGGUGCCUGGGCCGCGCUGCGGACCCCCUUCCUCGGGCAGGAGCGGCGCGUCCGAGAAAUUCUUCCUAUAUGGAUCAGCCUUCUAGUGAUGGUGAAACUGGAAGAAGACCACUCUAAGCAAACCCACAAUGAAUCGGGUGCCAGGUGAUGCAGAAAAUGCUCACAGUAGCAGUGUGGAAUCCUGUCCUUCCUUGCGGGAUGUCCACUCCAUCAACCCAGCGCAGCUGAUGGCAAGGAUUGAGUCAUAUGAAGGCAGAGAGAAGAAAGGCAUAUCAGAUGUCAGAAGGACUUUCUGUUUGUUUGUUACAUUUGAUCUCUUAUUCAUAACCUUGCUGUGGAUAAUAGAAUUAAAUGUAAAAGGAGGCAUUGAGACUACCUUAGAGAAAGAAGUCCUACAAUAUGACUACUCUUCUUCAUAUUUUGAUAUAUUUCUACUGGCAGUCUUUCGAUUUAAGGUGUUAAUACUUGCAUAUGCAAUGUGCAGACUGCGCCAUUGGUGGGCAAUAGCUUUUACAACAGCAGUGACCAGUGCCUUUUUAUUAGCAAAAGUAAUUAUUUCACAGCUGUUCUCACAGGGUGCUUUUGGCUACGUGCUGCCCAUCAUAUCCUUCAUACUUGCCUGGAUUGAGACUUGGUUCUUGGACUUUAAAGUGUUACCACAAGAAGCUGAAGAAGAAAACAGAUUUUUGAUAGCACAGGAUGCUUCUGAACGAGCAGCUCUUCUUCACCCAGGAGUCCUCUCUGAUGGGCAGUUCUAUUCUCCUCCUGAAUCUGUAGCAGGAUCUGAUGAAGACUCUGAAGAAAAACAAGACAGUGAAAAACCAGUUGUAUAGCAAAUAUGACAAAGCAGGAAAUCCUGACGGGCUCUUGAGAGUGCUGGUUAACCUGGGCCCAGGGGUCUGAGAGCGAUGUUCCGGAGUACAGUAUAAAAGGCUGCAGUCUGGGGCUGGAGCACCUCCAGCAUUUACUUGUUGUCUGUCCUGGAAAGGACAGUGGUGGACCAGAUGUGUAAAAGCUCCUUUUUUGGAAGUGGGGAGAGAUACUUCUUUGGAGAUGGCAAUGCAAGAGUGCUAGGAAGAGUUUUUCUUCUAGUUUAAGUCUGGGAAAAAUAUAUUCAUCUUGAAGAUUGCAUGGACAAAACUACUUUGGUAUUUCCCCUCCUUAGUCUGUUCAAAUACUACAAAUGGGUUACAUUGGAGCAGCUGCGUCUUAAAAUGUAGUGUAAUUUGGUUAAAUAUAAGACAUGAUUUCCUUAUUUUGGAAAUUACUUUAUUUACUUUUGGAAUUAUCUUGCCCCAUGCAUUUCACUUCACCACACAUGGCAAAGCUCAAGCUAGGGGAGGUAUUCAAUGCUCUUGAGAAGCUGAAGCCUCUGAUUUGAAAUCUUCUGUUGCUCCUCUGGAAGACUGGAUGACCUUUUCUUUUCAGCCUCCCCGUUUUCAAUACCUGUUUUCUUGACCCACGUCUUCAUUCAUCCUGACCUGUGUCAUCUGUUACAGAGAGAAAAUCUCUUGAGGGAAGUUGUUGGGGUUUGGAAACUGGCAACAGAGUCUGUGGCUGACUUGCUGGUGGAGCUGCUGACAGGAGAAUUUGUUCAUUAGAAAGCAAAGGGAAUGGUUCCCAUGUACUGUAAUACCUCACAAAGAUGUACCUUGGUGACAUAUGUAUAUUAGGUUGCCUCCCAGGUGGUAUGAAAAUACUUGUCCAUGAUGUAUUUUAUUAUUUAGUGAUUCCUGAAGUUGAUCUUCUAAUGACUACGUAAUUACUGGAAAGUGUUGUCUUGUGUACCUAAUCAAGAGACCGGUAAUAUAAUGAAGUAAAACUUCUCUAUGGUGGAAGUAUAUUUAAUGAUUGUUGGGACUCACUAGGUAAAUUUAUUUUAUGUUAUUGCAAAUUUGUCAUUAGUUUUAUGUUUACUUUUUUUAACUCCAUGCAUUUUCUUUUUUAAUGGAUAUGUUCACUUUCUAAAAUAAAAAUGUUAAAACAUG